AUGGCGGCGGCGGGGGGGGGCGGCGCCGCGGGGCCGUUGUUUGCAGGUCUUGCAGAUGUGUCGAUAUCUGAGGACAUCCCAGUGGAAGGGGAGAUUACUGUUCCUGUGGGGUCUCACUCUCCUGAGGAAGACUUCUCCACACUGGAUGAGCCUGUUCGGGACACCAUCAUGAGAGAUCUGAAGGCAGUUGGGAAGAAAUUUGUCCAUGUCAUGUACCCAAAGAAGAGCAGUGCACUCCUCAGAGACUGGGAUCUCUGGGGCCCUUUGGUGCUUUGUGUCUCACUUGCAUUGAUGCUGCAGGGGGGAUCAGCAGACAGCAAGGACGAUGGAGGGCCCCAGUUUGCUGAGGUCUUUGUCAUCAUCUGGUUUGGUGCAGUUGUCAUCACACUCAACUCCAAGCUUCUCGGAGGCACCAUAUCUUUUUUCCAGAGCCUGUGUGUUCUGGGUUACUGUGUCCUGCCACUGACAGUGGCAAUGCUGGUGUGUAGGCUGGUGAUGCUGGCAGGCUCUGGGACCAUCAGCUUCAUUAUUCGCCUUAUUGUGGUGAUGGCCAUGUUUGCUUGGUCAACGUUAGCCUCCACAGCUUUCCUGGCAGACAGUCAGCCCCCCAACCGCAAGGCUCUGGUCGUGUACCCCAUCUUCCUCUUCUACUUUGUCAUCAGCUGGAUGAUUCUCACCUUCACACCUCAGUGAUCUCCUAUCUGAAGAGACUGUAACACGGACUGGAGUUUUUUCAUCAACCCUGCAGUUAAUCAUUGGCUUUAUCUCUUCCUAAUUUAUAUAUAUAGUGAGAGGUAUUGUAAAAAGGCAGGUUAUGGGAUAAAGCCAGAGAACUGCAAAAAUUGGUCAUUUGUGUGU